AUGGAUAAUAUAUAUCAAAGAAUAGAAAAUUAUCUUAUAAAAUUAUUUCAAACAAUAUCAGAAACAAAUAAUAACAAUAAUAAUAAUAAUACAAAUAAUAAUGUUGGAAUUAAAUUUGAAAAUGAUUUAUUAUUAGUUAAUGAAUUAGGAUCAAUUAUAUUAAAAGAAUUGGUUCUUGAAGAAGAGAUUGGAUUGGUUGCAUCAUUAUUAUUUACAGGUGAUCAUAGUUUAUUAAAGUAUUUAGAAAAGUCAUCAACCAUUUCCAAUAAAGAGAAUGUGAAGAUAAAAGUGUCAAUAUUGAAUUUAAUAGCAGAGUUUAUCGAGAUAUUACAAGUUAGAACUGAUGAUUAUGCAAUUGCAAUAAAGAAUACCUGUGUAUUGGUAUUCAGAAAGGACCAAUCCCAUUCAGUCCAAGCCGCAGCUUUUGGCCCUAUUAAAAAGAUAUUACAUCUAAUGUCUCGUGUACUUAAACAGGGUUCAAUCGUUGCAGAAAGUUUUGGAGUGAGUGAGAUGACACAACUGUUUUUAUUGCAAUUCACAUGUGGAAAGCUAACUCAAACAGUUCGUGGUGAAAUUAUAGUUGUGCUUGGUUUAUUCACUGAAUAUUUCUCAAGUAAUAUGUGCGAUCGUAAUCAGCAAUUAUCAUUCAUAUUCAUGGAGACGCUCGGUGGCCAAUUGCGGUCAAAGUCACCCGAGUCCACUUUAAUUCAGUCGUGUUUGAAAGGAUUGAAUUCGUUAUUGGUUCAUUUCAGUGGCGAUUUCAUUGCAAGUGAUCCAAAGAAUGUUCAAUUGAUAUAUCAAUAUGUUUACAUUUGUUUGGAUCCUGCAUCGUCGACUCAAAGAUUCGAAAUUCCAAGAGCAGCUAUGAAAAUCGUUGCGAGACAUGCAGUUUUAUUACGUCAGUAUUUGGCAGAACACUCACAACCUUUCUAUACACGUAUUGAGCAUUGGUGUAAUCAUAUCAAUAAAUUAAAUCGUGAUAUAGCAUUCACGGCAGUCGAUUCAUUCUUUCAACAAAUUUCAAAGGAACUUACAAGUGGUAAUCGUAGUUUAGAAGCUGAUCAAUCAACUUUUAAAUUCUUUAUUCGUAAAUUCUAUUCAAUCUUUGAAAAUAACAAUUCAUCACGUUUUGAACUUUCAAUUGCAAUUAGAGGUUGUGGUAGAUUCGCUUCACCUGUUAAAUCUUUUAUGGGUGAAUGGGAAUUAAAAUCCUUAUUAAAUUCUUUAUUUAAAUUUUCAGAAAAAUUAAUGGUUGUUAAAAUUGAAAAUAUUGAUGAAAUUACAUUACAUUUAUCAAGUUUUAUAAAUGCAUUCGCAUGUAUUUUAUAUGAAUUAAAUGAAUUGGAAUUUUGGUAUUUAGAUCAUAUUGAACAAGUUUUAGAAACUUAUUUUAUAAUAUUUCCACAUUUAUUUGUAAAAUCAAGAGAUAGAUAUUUUAAAGCAGUUAAUAGAUUAAUUAGCUCAUUAUUUUAUCAUGGUGAAUAUUUAAAGAUAUUAUUAAGUAGAUUUGUAAAGAAAGGAUUAUUAAUUACAUUUUCAAAACCAAAUGAUUCAAUUAAAAAUUUAAUUACAACUGCAAAUACACCAUUUUAUCAAGUUUAUAAAGAUCUUUGGUAUAAUCUUUUAAAUCCAACAAUUGAUACAAUUGAUAAAGAUUUAAAUUCAACAAUAAAAAAAGAAAAUAAUAAUAAUAAUAAUAAUAAAAAUAAAAAUAAUAAUAAUAAUCAAACAUUAACAAAAGAAGAAAUUUCAAAAUCAAUUAAAAAAUUAGUUUAUGAUGAGAUUGUUUCAAGUAUUUUAUCAAUUAUAAAGAAAUUAGAUUUACAAUACCAAAAGGAUGAAAAUGAUAAUAAUAGUAAUAGUAAUAGUAAUAAUAAUAAUAAUAAUGAUCAAGAUAAUAAUAAAAUUUCAAUUAUUGAAUAUGAAUCAGAAAUUAAUCAAUUAAAACCAGUAACAUCAAAAGAUAUUGAAUUAUUUUUAGGAUUAGUUGAAUUUUUUAAAUUAUUCAUUUCAAAGUAUAAUACAGAAUUAUUUGUUCAAUGGAUUUAUAUAUUUGGUAAAGAAAUGAUUAGUUUUUCAAAGAAAUAUCCAUUAAUUAGUGGUUUUUAUAAAUUGGUUCAAAUUGUAAUGCAAAUUUGUAAAUCUCAAAAAUAUUUUAAUGAAUUACAACAAGAUGAUAAUAUAAAUUCAGUUAUAUUUAAUAAUCAAAUUAUUGAUGAACAACUACAACAGCAACAAGAUAUUAUGGAUAUUGAUGAUACUGAUAAUAAUAGUAAUAGUAAUAAUAAAAUCAAUAAGAAAUUAACAAAUAGUUUGGAAGAAGAUAAAAAUAAUUGUUUUAUAUUAUUUAAAAAAUAUAUUAAAGAAGUUAGUAAUUUUAUUAGUCAUUAUAAAGAUGAAUUAUUAAGUUCAUGUAUUGAAUUAUUAUUAUCAUUACCAAAACAAUUGAUAUCAAUACCAUUGUUAGUACCAAUUGCAAAUUUAGCAUUCCAAUAUGGUAUUAGUUAUUUACCAUUAGCUCAUGUUGGUUUGAAUGCUAUCGAAUAUUGGAAUUUAGUUGUACCAGAUCAGGUUCAUAAACAUUUAGAUCAAUUAUUACCAAGUUUAAAUGAUUAUUUAAAGAUUUCAACAAAUAGUUCAGAUUCAACUUCAGGUGGUGAUAUAGAUAUUGAUAGUGGUGGUAGUAUGGGAGGAGGAGGAGUUGUACCACCACCAUCAUCAUCAUCAAGACAUAGAAAAAUGAAAUUUAAAUCAAAUAGUUCAUUAAUUGAUCCAAAACAAUUACAAUUUAAAACAUCAAUUGAAGAUUUACAAAAUAGAAUUAUUAGAUUAUUAGGCCAAUUGGGUGGUGAUAAUGUUCAUUUCCUUGGAAAAGUUAGUUUAGUUGGUGAAGAGAUCGUUAAUGGUGUGGCAUGGGACACUGAGCCAAAGGUAUUAAUUAAAAUACCAUUUGCAGAUCAAAAUAAUAUUGAUAUUUAUUUGGACGUAAUUUUACCAAAUGUUGUAAAUCUUGCAGAGAAAUCACCAAAUCGUCAAAUUAAAGUUGCAGCAGGUGAAUUACUUCAUUCAGUUUUGUUAAUGAUGAUUGGUAAUUCAGCAAAUCAAUCACAGGCUAAUCAAAUAUCGUAUAGUAGAUUAUAUAGAAAGAUAUUCCCAUCAUUAAUUUGUUUAUCGACAGAUGUUGAACAAGUUACCAAACAAUUAUUUCAACCAUUAGUUUUUCAAAUGAUUCAUUGGUUCACUCGUAAUAAGAAACAAGAGUCUGACGAUACAAUGAAUUUAUUGAAUGCAAUAGUUGAUGCUGUUGGUAACCCAUUGGAUGGUGCAAGAAGAGAUUUCGCAGGUCAAUGUCUUUGUGAAUUUGCAAAAUGGUCUCUUAAAAAUACUUCAGUUAAACAACAAGAAAAGAAUGCUUUCAAUUUCAAAUCAAUCUUAAAAAGAAUCUAUAGUCUUGCACAUCAUCCUGAUCCUUAUAAAAGAUUAGGUGCUGCAAUUUCUUUCAAUCAAUUAUAUCGUAUUUUCCGUGAAGAAGAUUCAUUAGUUGAUCAAUUCAUUUUUGAAAUUUUACAUAAUAUAUUUUUUAGUUUAAGAAUUGGUGAUGAUUUAACAAAUACAAGUAGUAGUAAAAACAAUAGUAAUAGUAAUAGUAAUAAUAAUAAUAAUAAUAAUAAUAAUAGUGAAGAUGGUACAGAAGAUUCAAUUGUUGAAAUUGCAUCAAAAUAUUCAAAUGUUUUAGCAGCAUUAACAAAAGUUAUAAUUAAACGUGCUGAUAUGUUAAAUAAACCAUCAAAUACUAGAAGAGAACAUAAAGAUUUAUCACAAUUUGUACAGUGGGUAUUCCAAAAUGGUUGUAGUAGAACUGAGUCAAUCGUUAGAUAUGAAUCAAUGAUACUUUUCACACAAUUGGUAACAUUAUUACCAAAUAUUAAAACACCAUUACAAUGGGUAAAAGAACGUAUAAAAUCUAAUGGUAUUCAAUUCAUUGUUUCAAUUGCAGAACAACAAGGUGGUGGUGUUGGUGGUGGUAGUAGUAAUGGUAAUACAAGUUUAGGUAGAAUUCCAAAGAUUGAAAUUGGUAAACAUAAAGAUAUAGAAUUUUGGUUUAGAAAUUUAUCAACAAGUUUAAAUAUUUAUUUAUGGUUCUUUUCAGAAGGUUUCUUUGAACCAAUUCAAAUUUUAACAAGUAGAGAAUUUAAAUCUUCAUUAUUAUCAAGUGCUUUUCAUACUUUUACAACUCAAUUUUCAAUGUUAAAUUUUAAUUCAAAUUUAAAAACAAACCAACAACAACAACAACAACAGGUAUCAAUGUUUUCAUCAAUGACACCAAAAGAAAUUGAUCAAUUUAAUAGAUUAAAAUGUAAUGUAAUUACAAAUUUAUUUGGUUUAUAUAUUUUAUUAUUAGAGAAAUAUAAAUUUGAACAAGUUAUAGAUUAUGGUGGUGUUGCUUUUGUACAAUUGUUGGUUAAAUGUUUAAUGGAUCCACAAUCAGUUGGAUUUGUAAAUAAUUAUUUAGAAGAGAGAGAAGUUGAACUUUCAAAAUCAUCACGUCAAGAUAUUCGUAAUUUAAUGUCUCGUACUUUUAAAUUCCCACCACUUUUAGAAAUUAUUAAUAAUAUUAUAAAAUUAUUAAUUCAAAUUAAGCCAAAAUAUAAUGAUAUAUUACAUAAAGAAUUAAUGGAAUAUAUAUUACCAAAUAAUAGUAACAACAAUAAUAAUAGUAGUAGUAGUGGUAAUAACAAAUCAAUGUUUAGUUUAAUUGAUAUUAGACAAUUAAUUAAUACAGAAGGUACAGAUAGGUUAAUUCAUUUAAUUCAUUCAUAUCAAAUACUUUAUAAAUAUAAUUUAUUGGAUUCAAUAUUAUUAGAGAAUUAUAAUGAACAAUCUGAACAAGGUAUUCAAGAUUUACCAAAAUCUUCACUUGAAUUUAGUGAAUUUAUCUUUGAUUAUUUAUUUAAUAAUUGUGAGAAUUUAUCACCUUCAAAAUUAUUAAUUUCAAAAGAAUUAAUUCAAUUGGCUUUAACAAUUGGUAUUAAACCAAUUAAAUUAUUAUCUUUAAUAAUUAAUCCAAAUGUACAAAAUACAACAACAACAACAACAACAACAUCAACAACAACAACUACAACCACAACAACAACAAGCACUAAUAAUAAUAAUGAUAAUAAUAAUGAAUUUAUUAAAGAUAUUCAUGAUAUUUUUUAUAAAACAUUAUUUACAGAAAUUAAUAAUUAUAUUUCAAAUAAUUUUCAAUUGUUUUUACCAUUGUUGGCAAAUAGAAUUAUUGAAACUAAUCAAAUUCAUAAGGUUUUAAAUGAUGUAUGUAUAAUGAAGCAACAACAACAACCAAAUCGUGGAUUUAAAGAUAUUAUUGAAUCAAUUGUAUUAUUCUUAAAUUCAAUUUCAGAAUGGACAUUAAAUUCAAAUUUGAAAUUAGUUGAAAAAGAAAAUAUCAUUGAAUUUACAAAGAACCUUAUAAAGAUUGAUCCAAUACAAUUCUUUGAAAAUAAGCAUUGUUAUGAAUUUGUUUAUAAUAUAAUAACAAAUUAUUUAUGUCGUUCAAAUCCUUUAACAUUUAAAAAUAAGGUAUUGGUAUUAUUACCUUAUUUAUUAUCUUAUCCAAAACAUAAUAAUUUUGAUUUAAUAAAACAAAAAUUAAAUGAAAUUGUUGUUUAUGAUUUCCCAUUAAAUUCAAAAGAUUUAACAGUUAAAUCACCAAUUUAUAAUGAAUAUAUUACAUGUAUAGAAAGAUUAUUAGAGACAUUUGAACUUACAAAGAAUCCAUUAGUAAUUGAUACAUUAUUACAUGUUUUAAAAGAAACUGAUCAUACACAUAUUAAUUAUAUUAAUUUAUCAAUUGAAAGAUCAAUUUUAUCAACAAAUGAUAUUGAAGCAAAAGAAAUAUUUAGUCAUUGUUUUGAAUUAUUUUUAAAUCAUUAUGAUGAAUUAAAAAUUACAUUAAUUGAUAAAUUUUGUGUACCAUUAAUUAGUCAUAUGAAAGAGAAUAUAUUAGUUCAAAUUUUUAGUCAACAUUUAAGUUCUUUAAUGUCAAUUAUUCAACCAUUGCAACCAAAAUAUUUAUCAGAUUCACAAGAAAGAAAAUCAUCAAUUAUUGAAAAGAUUUGUUGUUUCCAUUUAAUUGAAGCAUUAUAUCAAUCAUUACCAUCAGCAAUUAUAAAGGAGAAAAUUAAUCCAUUCUUUUAUGAUAAACCAGAUGGUAAAGGUACAGAGUUGACAGCAGCCAUUAUGAAAGCAGCCCAUUCUGCAAAAUCAGAGAAAUUAACAUCCGAUGAUAAAUAUGUUACAAGAUCAUUAUGUACUAAGUAUCAUGGUGCUGCUUUUAGUGCAUUGGCAAGUGUUAUAGUUUCAACUCAAACUAAAGAAAACUUUUUCCAUGUUUUCUUCUUUAAAGAGAAUAAAGAUAAAAAUGAAUACCUUUGGGAGAACAUUAUCGAUACUGAUCAAGUUUUUAACUUUCAACCAGAGACUAAUUUCCUUGUUUCCUACAGUACCCCUCAAUCAUUAUUUGCAAAUGAUUUAAGAUAUCUUUCAAGUCAAUAUUUAGUUGAUAGUAGUUUAAGUCAAGAUUUUAUUGCUAAAAACUUUUUAGAAGGUGAUAAUAAUUCAACAACAAAUAAUAAUAAUGGUGAUGAUGGUAUUAUAAUGCAAGGUCAGUCGCAAAGUGGUGAUAAUGAAAAUCAAAUAUCAAAUGAUAUAGAAAUUGAUCAAGUUAAUUCAAAUCCAUCAAUGAUUGCAAUGUUAAAAAUUAUUGAUUUCUAUCAAAAGAAAUUUGUAGUCACACCACCAUCUUCAAUAUUAUUUGGACAACAAUCACAACAACCAAAACCAACAGUUGGAGAUAUGCCAAAAUGGAUGUUUGAAAUUUAUCAAAAACUUCAACAAGGUGUUCAUCCAAAUAUUGUAAUUUUUAUGAUAAAAAUCAUUAUCAAUAGACCACAAUACUUUGAAAGAUUUCAUGAACUUUGGAUACCAAUUCUAAUGGAUUAUGUAGUUUCAGAGGGUAAUGGUGGUAAUGGAUUACAUUACUUUGUACGUGAUGUUUGUUUUAUUUUAUUGAAAUGGCCAAAUAUUUAUAAAUCUCAAGAUGGUGGUGGCGGCACUACAUUAGAAAAACAUCUUUCAAAGUUUGUAAAUCAUUUAAUGAAGAAUACCUAUUGUACCGAUAGAAGAAUUUUAAAGAGUAAUUUAAAUAUUGUGAAAUCAUUUGUUGAAAGGUGGAAAUCACUUUUCAAAGUUGAUAAAUCAAUCAUUUUAGAGUUAUUAUCAACAAAAGGUGAUUUCAAGAGUAAAAGUAGACAAAUUAAAACAACUGGUUUAGUAUUAUUAUCAAUUUUAUUAAGUAAUGGUUAUCCUGCAUAUGAUAAAGAAUAUGAUUCAAAUACCAUUAGUGAAUUUAAAUUUUAUCAAGUUUUAUUAGAUCAUUUACAAGAUUUUAAAGAACUUUAUGAUGCUGCAUCUGAAGUUUGUGGUAUGAUUUUAUUAUAUCUUUCAAAGCAACAACAAUCACAACAACAACAACAACAAUCAAUAUUCCCACAAUUAUUAAAAGAUAAAAUUAAUUCAAUAUUAAAUAAUAAUGAAAAUCAAAGAGCAUUUAGUUGUCUUUAUUUUAUUGGUUUACAUUAUCCAUUAUUUUUACAAGGAUUUUAUGGUAAAAUAUUUAAUUUAUUACCACAAAUUUCAAAUGAAACUAGAUUGAUUGCAUUAAAUAUCAUUCAUUGGUGUGUUGAAGAUAUUCAAGAUCUUUAUACGAAAUUGAAAUCAAAUAAUAUUGAAAAUUUAAUUAGAAUUAGAGAAGGUGAGAUUCAAGUGGUAAUCUUAAGAAUUCUUUAUAAAUUGGUUCAAAAAAGAGAUACUACUUUUGGUACUGUAAAUCAAAUUCUAUCAUUAUUACUCUCGAAUAAUUGGUUCACUUCAAAUGUUACUAAUGAAUAUAGUCGUUCGCUAUAUUAUGAUAUAAUCAUUUAUAUCUAUAAUAACUUUAUUGAAUAUCAAGAUCAAUCAAAUGAAAAUAGUAAAGAUUUAGUAUUAUCAUUAUUGAUUGGGUUAUCAGACGAAAGUGAUUCAAUCAAUAAGAAACUUUUACAAUUUUGGGAUAAUAAUAGUAAAACUUUAUCAGCAUCGAGUAAUCAAAGAUUACAACAAUUCUUUGAUAUUAUGUAUUCACCAGAGACUGAAUCGAAAUGGGUUGCAAAUAGUUGUUGUCUCUUAUUCCAAUUAUGUAAUAGAUCAAGUGAUUUCACUAAAUUACUUUUCGAUAAACCAUUAAGUGAAUGUACAUUCAAAGAGGUACAAGUCGAUUCUUCUUGGCAACAUAGAACUUUAAAUAUGAAUCCAUUAUUUAGUUCUUCUCAAUAUGGUAUUGAUGAUGCUACUACCGAUGAAUCAAAUGGUGAUUCUAUGCAAUUGGAUGAAAUUAGAGCAACUCAAGCUCCAAAUUUUACAUUAACUCAAACUGCAUUUAGUGAAUUUUAUCCAUCAUCUUCACAAUCUUAUGGUGGAACUAAUAAUAAUACAGGUAGUAGUCAAUUAUCAUCAUCAUCAUCAUCAAGUGGUAGUCAAAGUAGUAGUCAAAAUAAUUCAUCUUCAAAAAGAAAACAAAAAAUUACAAAUGAUCCAAAAUUAAUUAAUAAUUCUGAAUUAAGAAGAAGAUUUAAAAAGAUUGAUGAUCGUGGUGCAGAUGAAAGAAUUGUAAAAUUUGCAAGAUUACAAGUUAAAAGAAAUAUUGAAAGAGAAGCAUACUUUGAAAAGAGUAAACAAGCACGUGAAAAUCAAAUUACAAUGAUUAGGAAGUAUAGAGUUGGUGAAUUACCUGAUAUUCAAAUUAAAUUACAAGAUAUUAUUAAACCAUUACAAUUAUUAUGUCAACGUGAUUCAACUAUUGGUGUUAAUGUAUUCUCGUCAUUGUUUACUGCUUUAUAUAAAAAUACACCAAAAGAAAGUAUUAGAACAUUCCAAUGUAAUAUUAAGAAAUUAAUUGAUUCAAUUGUUGAAAGAUGUAAAUUUAAUUCAACCCUUGUCUCAUCGAUAUUGAAUAUCUCUGAAAAGAAUUUAGAAUUUUCACCUGAAUUUUCAAAGAUUAAAGAUAUCUCUUUAAAUUCAAAUAAUCAUCCAAUGGCAAUCAUACUUUGUGAGAAAUUAAUAUUAUCAUUACAAAAUACAACUAAAGCAUCAACAACUAAUCAAGCACAAAAGUUACAACAACAACAGCAAUUGAAUCAAGGUUGGGAUAGUUUAAGAGAAUUAUAUAAAUCAUUGAAAGAGGAUGAUAUUAUCAUGGGUUUAAUUGAAAAACAAAUGGGUGGUGAUAUACCAUAUACUAAAAAAGCAUUGGAAUUUGAAUUAAAAGGUGAUUGGGUUAAUGUUUUAAAGGUAUAUGAUGAAGCAACUUCUAAAUUAGAGAGUGGUGAAUUGAAUCAGUAUCAAGGUAAUCUCUCAGAGAGUGAAACUGCGUUAUGGGAGAAUGGUCGUUUAGAAUGUUUUACAAAACUUUGUAAUUGGUCAGCAUUAAAAGAUAAUUUCAAUAGUUAUUAUCCAAACCCAAAUCAAAUAUUUAAAGAAAAGAAUUGUGAUUUACUUUUAAGCUAUUUCUUUGAAUUCAAUUUAAAGGUUAAAGAGAAUUGGAAUUAUUUAUAUCAAUUCAUUGCUGAUUUGGCAAAUACUAAACAAUAUCAAUAUUUAGAGAAUAAAUUCCCUGGUGAACUUGCAUUCUUGGAGGUAACAAGAUCCGAUCAUAAUAAAGCUUCCUAUUAUGUUUCAAAGUUUUAUCAAGCCUUUAAACAUCAAUGGUCAUCAUCUCAUCCAUUAGCAAUUGAAUCACGUCAUAGAAUCUUACAACCACUUCAAAAGAUUGUAGAGGUUGAAGAAUUUUUAAAUUUAACUUCAACUCCAAUCAUUAAUACUUUAAAAUUGGAUACCCUAUUAACUCAAUGGAAGAGUAGAUUCCCAACUAAAUUAGAUGAUAUCAUGGUUUGGGAUGAUUUAAUCUUUUAUCGUUCAGUUUUAUUAGAAAAGAUUUAUGAAAGAUUCUCAAGUUUUACCUCUGAUAAAAGUUCCGAUGAAAAGGUUAAAUCAACUUUAAUUCAAGAAAGAGCUAUACUCUAUCAUAAAAUGUCAAAAGGUGCACGUAAAUUAGGUAAUAUUGUUGUAUCAGAGAUUUAUUUCCGUCAAGCAGUUAAAUCAUACCCAAAAACAAAGGAUAAUGAUUUAGCUUUCCCUUUGGUAACUUCAUUGAUUGAUAUCUAUUGUACAAAAGCUAGAAAUUCACCAUCACCAAUUGAAACUUUAGAUAGAUUUGUAAAGGCUUUGAAAUUUAUUGAAUCAAAAAAAGAUGAAGAAUCAAUUAUAAAUUCAAAUGAAAAUCUUCAAAAAUAUUUAAUGAUGCAUGGUGAUAUCUUUUGGGAUAUUUAUCAAUUAGAUAAGAAAUUAGGUUCAACAUUAGUAAUUGAUUCUUUUAAAAAGAAUUCUUUACCAAUUAAUUUAACUUCAAUUCCAAUUAAUUCAUUAAAAGAUGAAUUAUUUAAUUCAACUUUUAAAUGUUAUAGUGAAUCAAUUAAAUUACAUCAAAAAUCAACAAAUUUAUUAAAUACAACAUCAUCAUCACCUUCUUUAAGUAUUUCUUCUUCUUCUUCUCCUUAUUCCUCUACUUCUUCCUCUUCACAACCAAAAUUAUCAAAUGAAAUUUUAAUUGAAAAAACAAAGACAAAGAGUGCUCAUUUGAAAUUUGCAAACUUUUGUGAUAAUAUAUUAAAGGAUAAAAUUUCUCAACAAACAACACCAACACAAUUUAAUGAAGAAGUUAUUGAUUUAGCAACAUCAGUUAUAGUUUCAACAUUAGAGGCAAUUAAAGAAGAGAUACCAGGUUCAGUUGAUAAAUUCCCAAGAUUAUUAGAAAUUUUAACACAAUUUGAACAAUACUCUGUGAUUGCACGUGAAUUUAAAUCUAGAGUAUCAACAAUACCAUGUUGGAUGUUUAUUAGAUGGAUUAGUCAAAUGUUCCCAUAUUUAGAUUUACCACAAGGUCCUUUGAUUUUACCAAUACUCUUGGAGAUUGCAAAAUGGUAUCCACAAGCAAUUUAUUUCCCUUUCAAAAUUAGUAGUGAACAAUUUGGACCAUUGGCAAAGAAAAUAUCAGCACCAUUGGAAAAGGAAUUAAUUAAUCCACUAUUGGAUACUUUAGUUAUUGAAUUCCAACGUUUAACUCAUCCAGAACAUCGUUUCAAAGAUUAUAUGGAAGAGAUGAAAUCAUUAAUUAAAGCAACUCCAAAAGAUUUAAAUGCAAUUGCAAAAUUAAAUAAUGAAAUCUAUGAUGACUCUUUUAAUCCAUCAACAGUUUCAGGUGAUUAUAAUUUAAAAUUUGCCAAAGAACAUGAAGCUUCCUAUUUAUCAAAUUUUGGUAAAGAUUCAACUAAAUUAGCACGUAUGGAUCAAAAGAAAUUCUUGGAGAUUUUUGCUGAAAUGUCUGGUAAUAUGAAUAAAAAUAUGAAACCAAAUUCAACUGCCUCUAUGAAAUUAAAGGAUUUCAGUGGUUGGUUAGCUGAUUUCGAUCGUUCAAACUAUCAAACUUCACAUCAAAUGGAAAUACCUGGACAAUAUGAUGGAAUUGGUAAACCACAACCAGAAACUCAUGUAACCAUCUCAUCAUUCGAUACCAAUGUUUUGGUGAUGGGUUCAUUACGUAAACCAAAACGUGUAAAGAUACAUGGUAAUGAUGAACUAGAUUAUCCUUUCUUAAUUAAAGGUGGUGAAGAUCUACGUUUAGAUCAAAGAAUUCAACAAUUGUUUGGAAUUAUGAAUGAAAUUUUAAAACGUGAUACAGCAUGCAAUAAACGGUCACUCAAUGUUACAACCUAUCAAGUUGUACCAAUGACAAGUAAAGUUGGUAUCAUUGAAUGGUUAAAUGACACUAAACCACUUAGAGAGAUAUUGGAGGAACAAUUAGCACAUCAAUUAAAAACACCUCGUUCAAAUGUUUCAAUAUCAAAAUUGGAAUCAACAAAAUAUCAUAAUGAUUGGAUAAACUCUUUUGCAAAAUAUUUGAAACCAAAUUCACCAGUGGGUCCAUUAUAUCAACAAAUGUUUAUUCAUGCCACUCGUGAUGAUUGUGCAAAGAAAUUGGAGAAACAACACUCUAAAGUUCCUGAAAAUCUUUUACAAAAUGGUAUUUGGUCACUUUCAUCAUCUCCAGAGAGUUAUCUUUUCAUUAGAAAUUCAUUUGCACGUUCAUUGGCAUCAUUCUCUGUUUGUUCCUAUGUCAUUGGAAUUGGUGAUCGUCAUUUGGAGAACUUUUUAAUCUCUCAAAGAGAUGGUCGUUUAAUUGGUAUUGAUUUUGGUCAUGCUUUUGGUACUGCAACUCAAUUCCUUCCAAUUCCAGAGUUAAUGCCUUUCCGUUUAACUCGUCAAUUCACUAGUUUCCUAAGACCAUUGGAUUCAGUUGGUUUACUCAAUCACAAUAUGACCUAUACUUUAACGGCAUUACAAAAUCAAAAAGAAAUCCUCUUAACAACUAUGGAUGUUUUCGUUAAAGAACCACUUUUAGAUUGGAGCAAACUUGCUACUCGUUUAGUAAAAGAACAAGGAAAACAUCCAAAAGAUACUAAAAAUGUUUGGUUCCCAAAACAAAAGAUUCAAAUUGCAAAGAAGAAAUUAGAAUUGGUCAAUCCUGCCUAUAUAACUUUAGAAGAGUUAUCAGGCUCGGUUCAUUCUGGUCUCCCAUAUGAAAAAGCUCUCUCUGAAAUUAUUAAAGGUGAUCCAAAACAUAAUAUUAGAGCAAAAGUUAAUAAAGUAUGUUCUUCUGUUAAAGAGCAAAUAGAUUGUUUAAUAGAUCAAUCAACUGAUCCAAAUAUCCUUUCAAGAGCUUGGGUCGGUUGGAAUGGUGCUUUAUAG